AUGGGUAAAGGAACCGACAAACUCUACAUCACCCACUCAGAAUGGUCCUCCUCCGACGCCUACUCCGCCAGCACCGGCUCCUCAGCAGGCGCUAAAUCCCGCUCCGGCACCUCCUCCUCCACCUUCCGCCGCCUCCCCUUCAACUUCUGCGCCGCGAGCCUCCAACCCUUCAAGAACCCCGUCUGCACCCCCGACGGCACCAUCUUCGACGUCGAGGUCAUCGGCGCGUGGCUCGAGAAACGCGGCACGAACCCCGUGACGGGCGAACCACUCAAGAAGAAGGACCUCAUCAAGCUCAACUUUACGCGCAAUGCCGACGUGGAUUCGCGGGGUGCGGGGCUUAGUGACGGGUUGGGGGAUUUGGUUGAUCCGGUGACGUAUAAGGUGUUUACGGAUAAUACGCACAUUGUGGCGAUCAGGCAUGGGUCGUAUGCGAAUGUCUUUGCGUGGGAUACGGUGGAGAGGAUGAAUAUCAAGGCGAAGAUGUGGAGGGAUUUGUUGGAUGAUGAGCCGUUUACGAGGGCAGAUAUUAUUACGUUGCAGGAUCCGCAAUUUACGCAUAGCCGUGACUUGAGCAAGUUUAAACACCUUAGCGAUGGCGGAGAGGCCAUCUUGACCAAGGAGCAGGAGGAGGAGAGGAAAAGCGGAGGUGUGAACGUGGAUGCGCUAGGGAGGAUUGGGGACAAGGUGCUCAGGGCAAAGGCUGCGGUCGAGAAGGCGAGAAAGGAGCGCGAGGCGGGCAAGGACGUGAACAAGUCCACAGCCCUAACGAAAUCCCCCGGCACUUCGCGACAGUCGACCACCACCGCCGCGUCCGGCGCGAAGGUGAUACCCGCCAAAGCAGCCAUAUACACAACGGGGAAAGCGGCGGCGAGUUUUACCAGCACGGGCCUAACGCCCGAAACGAGCGGGGCACGCGCUAUCCUGACUGACGAGGAGUUCAUGCUCAAACCGCGCAGGGUCAAGAUCAAGGGGUACGCGAGGAUAGAGACGAACCUCGGCGACAUCAACGUCGAGCUACACACCGACACGGCACCUAAGGCCGUGUGGAACUUUGUCCGCCUGGCACAAAAGGGCUACUACAACGGCGUCGCCUUCCACCGGAACAUACCCAACUUUAUGAUCCAGGGAGGCGACCCGACGGGCACCGGCCGCGGGGGCUCUAGCAUAUGGGAGAAGAACUUCGACGACGAGUUCGAUGGGCCCUACACCCAUAGCGCGAGGGGCAUCCUCAGCAUGGCGAAUAAGGGAAAGAAUACCAAUUCGAGCCAGUUCUUCAUCACCUAUAAGCCGACGCCGCACCUCGAUAGGAAACAUACCGUCUUCGGUCGCGUCGUCGAUGGCAUGGACGUCCUCUCCAAGAUGGAAGACGUGCCUACCGAUGGCUCUAAUCGCCCGCUAAAUAAGAUUGUUAUGAAGAACGUGGUCGUGUACCUCGAUCCGUUCGAGGAGUUCCUAAAGCAACGGGGUGAGCAGGAGAAGCUUGAGCAGAAAAAGGAGGCCAUCAGAAGGUCUGGUGGCACGGAAGACGACAGGACAACGUGGACGGGGAAGAGGCUACGAGGGGCCGGGUCCCAGGGCGCCGGAGACUCGGCGCCCGAUGUGGGCAAGUAUCUGAAAGCGUCAACUGGAGGUUCUGCGGCGCAGGAUUCCUUAGAGGUCGAGGAAGAGAUCGACGCAUGGGAUGCGCCGGCUAAGAAAAAGGUGAAAGCCGGAGGGUUUGGAAAUUUUGAUAACUGGUGA